AUGGCCGCCGCCUCUCUGAUCACAGCAGCUCCAUUCUUCUGUUCCCAGUCCCAUUUAUCAUCCCGACUCCAGGCUGGCGACACGGUCAUCAUUACGAGCAGUUGCCGCCCGUCCUCCGUCUUCGCGCAGACUACCAGCUCCCCAGCUCCUCGCGCUGGUUUUCAGGCUGCAGCCACGGACAGCACCAGGACAGAUACAUGUGCGGGAGUGUACACAAACAUGAGUUAUGAGCCGCACUCACUCGGCUCACGGCCACGACUCGAUUCGCCAGAUUCUCUAAACUUCCAUUCAACGACGGAAAAGCACAAGCAGCAGGAGCAGAGGUGA